ACUUCGCUCCACUUCAAUAACAAUUGCUGAUCUAUGCAUAUCAUCAUCCCUCUGCGCUGAACUGAAUAUUGGCGUCCACUGACUGUAAACAGAAGGGCUGUGAGUCGCCCACAAGCCAAACAGCCUGCAAAUGUGCCAACGUGAUAGCUUCACACAGUAGGUUGUCCGACCACAUCUCCUGCAAUUCGCAAUGGAGGCAGACAAGCGAAGUAACGAUAACUACAGAAAUUAGAAGCUAUUUUUGUGUGCCGCUGCAAUAUCAAUACGUCGAUGACUAAGUCAAAUACAAGUAUCCUUUCUGUGAAUAGCUGUUAUGCACGCGCAAUAGCUUGCCGGGCGCUUUUGCACAAAAAUAUCUCGUUGACAUGAUAGCUAGUCCGUUAACCUAGCCACCUCUAUGUAGAUAACAGUUAGCAAUGCCCGUAGACGUUUGGACCAGCUAAUUUAUCGCGGGCUGCACUUGGUCGCGCUGUCAGUCACCUCGACGAUUUGCAGAAACAUAAAGGCUUUGAUCUUGUAACGGGUCUAAUCUGUCAUCUCGCCACCGUCCACCUCCCCCCCGGCCCCCAAGCUCGCUCCCCUGACCCCCCCUCUCCCGGUCCCGGCCAUGACCUCAGGUGAAACCGUGCACUACAUCCACCUCCACAACUCCAGCCAGUCGGUGCUGGAGGCGCUGCGCUCGCAGCGGCGCGAGGGCCUCUUCUGUGACGUGACGGUGCGCAUCCACGACGCCUCGCUGCGGGCCCACGCCUGCGUUCUGGCCGCCGGCAGCCCCUUCUUCCAGGACAAGCUGCUCCUGGGCCACUCGGAGAUCUCCGUGCCGCCGCUGGUGCCGGCCGAGACGGUCAAGCAGCUGGUGGACUUCCUCUACAGUGGUUCUCUGGUGGUGCUGCAGUCCCAAGCCCUCUGCAUUCUCACCGCCGCCAGCAUCCUGCAGAUCAAAACCGUCAUCGACGAGUGCACUCAGAUCAUCUCGCAGAAGCGCGGCGCCGUUGGUGGAGGUGGCAGUGGCAGCAGCGGGGGUGGGGGUGGUGGUUCGGGCUCAGGUGGUGUGGGAGGAGGCGGAGGAGGAGGCCUGCCCACGGGGGGAGUCGUCCUACCCAAGCAAGAGGAGCGCGGCGGGGGCAGCAAAGGCAGGGACAGCGUGGGAACCAGCAGCAGCAGUAGCAGUUGCUUCCAGGCGUUCGCCAACUUCGGCAUGGGCGACUGCGCCUCCACCAGCGGUGGCCUCGGCGGAGCCAACAUGGGCACCACCAACCAGACCCACCACCACCAACACCACCAACAUCAACACAACCCGCUUGACCCGCACCCGGCCUCCAUGGGCCUCAUGUCCCUCGGCGACAUGGGCGGCCCUGGGGGGGGCUCCAUGUGUCGGGCGGACACCCUCGGCGCCGGUUCGGGCAUCAUGAAGCCCAGCUCCAGCUGUGCCCAAGACAUGCGCUACAAGCUCCGCGACCUGCUCGCCCCGACUGGGGACGGUAGCACUGGCGGCGGCGGCGGCAGUGCCAGCAGCGACGGAGGCAGCGUGCCCUCCACCUGCGGCUCAGGGGUGGGCGGCGACGGCAGCGGGCAGGGCAUGGGCAGGGAGGGCAUGCGCAGCAACAUGUCGGACCUGGGCUCGGUGGGCGAGGAGCUGGUGGUGGGCAUGGAGCGCUACAGCGAGGAGGAGGACAUGGAGGGGCAGGGCGACGGGCGCGGCGGCCGCGACGGGGACCGGGAGCGGGGAGGAGCAGGGGGAGUAAGCCAUAGCCGCAAGCAGAGGCAGCCACUCAGGUUACAGGUGCUGGGCGGGGAGGAGGUGGUGGUGAAGGACGAGGGGGUGCAGGAGGCCGACGGAGCGCUGUUCGGCCUGGACCAGGGAGGACGGCAGGCCGGGGACCACGACGGGGCCCAGCAGCAGAUGGCCUCCUUCGGACAGGAGGGGGUGUUCUACGAUGAGCAGGGCGUGUUCUCCGAGAGCUUCUGGCCUCAGGCGGAGCCUCCCCAGUCCAUGGCUUUCAACCCCAGAGGAAGAGUCAACAAGCCCCUCACUCCCCCGCCCUCAACACAGGCCAUCAACAAUCAGCUGCUUUUCCAGUACCCGGUGAGCCAGUCCCAACCGCCCCCCUCCUCCUUCUACGUGGGAGCCCCCAUGGUCAUCGACACCAUGUCGGCAGGCGGCGCGGAGAACAAUCAGCCAGGGAACCCCCAGCAGCAGCAGCAGGGAGGGGGACCCCCGGCACCUCCUCUCACCCCGGCCCCCACUCAGGGAGGCCCUCAGGGCGGGGGUCAGGGUGGCCCCGGCUCCUGCUCCUCCACGGGGCCCUCCCCGUCCUCCCAGGGAUCCGAGACCUCCUUUGACUGCACCCACUGCGGCAAGUCGCUGCGCUCCAGGAAGAACUACAGCAAGCACAUGUUCAUUCACUCUGGCCAAAAGCCUCACCAGUGCAGCAUCUGCUGGCGGUCCUUUUCGCUACGCGACUACCUCCUCAAGCACAUGGUGGUGCACACGGGCGUGCGCGCCUUCCAGUGUGCCGUCUGCGCCAAGCGCUUCACGCAGAAGAGCUCUCUCAACGUGCACAUGCGCACGCACCGCGUGGAGCGCACCUUCUCCUGUGGCGUCUGCCACCGCGCCUUCACCCACCGCACGCUGCUGGAGCGGCACGCCUUGCAGCACGGCCACGGGGGGGCACCCAAGCCGCCCGGAGGAGGUGGAGGGGGGAUGGGAGGUGGCAACCCCCAGGGCAUGGGAGGAGGUGGUGGCGUACCACAGGGCCAUGGCUCCUCUAACUAAAAAGCUAGCUGCUAGCAGCUUAGCUUAGCUAGCUAGCAAAGUCGCUAAUUAGUCACUUACUUAUUAGACUUUUUUCGUGGAUGACGUCAAGCAUGUUUCGUUUUGAGGCGAAGUAGGUAUAUGUAUGAGUGUCGGUUUCAGGCAGAACGACUACCGGUUUCUGGCGUGUUAUGUAUAUGUCUUUGCCACCCGGAUGCGACUUAUACCUGCUCCGAAUGCAUUGAAUCGAAAGUGUUUGACGUCAGGUGAAGAAGGCCCCAUUAUGAGCUUGGGUGUUUUAGGUUUUUAGUCGGAGAACGCUAAAAUGGAUUUCGGGGGUGGGGUGGGAUUUGGUGAGGGUGGGGAGGUUGCAGAGGAGAGCAUGGUCCAAAGCCUGAUACGAUUUUUUUUGCCCUUGUUGUUUCUUGUUUGUUUCAGGAGAAAGGGAGGGUAGUUGGGUCAGUUUCCAAGUUGCAUGGUAAGUUUUGUUUAUUUUUUUAAAAAGAGGGUUUUCUUUUCUAAGAAGAAUUAGCACAUAUGACAGCAUGGGAACAUUUGCAGCGGGGGUGGGAACUUAUACUUUGGAAUGACACACACAUCCGUUACAUACCUCAGUUCAUGAAGAAACCGGAAAAUAACAAAUAACACCUCUUUUUUCAAUGUGAAAAAUUGCCUCUCAGUUUCAAAAUGUGAUGUCUAUAUAUUGUGUAUGUGUUUUUUUUGUUUGUUUGUUUGUUUUACGUUUUUAUAAUGUAUUCUUCAACCGGAAGCUAUCAAGCUAUCUUUUUUGGCCAUUAGGAAAUAUUGGCUCAGCUAUUCAACUAACAGAUGGCUUUAAAAUUGAGAAAGAAGAAAUCUUAUUCUGAAAAAGAUUGAUUUUUAUUUGCCAGUGAGUUGUCAGUGAAUUAAUGUAUUUUUAAGAAGAAGAAAAAUACUCUUAACAUUUUUGUAAAUCAUCAGGAAUUAAUUCAAAUGUAGAAACUUAAGGAGAGAUGGAAAACAGAAAACGAGAUCAUGGGGAAUUGAUAUUUUGUUUUGGUAACACUUUCAAAUGACAGUCUCUUAAACGCGUUAUUAACACUUUAUUGACAUUUAUUAAUGAACUAAUUAUAAACAAAAUGUACAAAUAUUUGUAAAUGAGUAAGAACCAACCUAUUGCUGCGCAGCGGAGUGAGAAGAGAAUCUGAGAAGAGAAUUUGAUGUGUGUUUGCCUACUGCACACUUGUAUAUCCAGUGGUUUCAUCUCCUUUGCUCUCAAGGACAAACUUAUGUAGCUAGCUGUCCUGUGUCUGCUGUGUCACCAUAGUAUUUACUCAUUUACAAACAUUUGUAAAUAUAUUGUUGAUAAUUAGUUCAUUAUUUGUGUGUUUAUUAAGUGUUUAUUAUAAAGCUAUUCAAGGGACUGUUAUUCCAAAAUGUUACCUUUGUUUUCUGGGGUGCAUUUCUCAAAAGAGAAGUUGUUAGCCUGUUAGCAACUUUGGUAGUUGCAAUGGGAAAAUGCAUUGAAAACAACAAAGUAGCUAAUGUAGUAAGCAACUACGCUUUCCAGAAAUGCACCCCUGUUUUGUUAAUUAAUACAAUAUGUGCCUGGUCCUCUUUACCUCUGGGUAAUGUCUGUGUACAGCACAGGGCACUUGCACAUAAGGGGGUUUUAGAUGUUUUUUGACUGAAGCACCUCAUCAACUCAUCAACUAAAGAAUUGCACAAAUUAGAGUAGACUUUUCGUCACCGCUUGAGUAAUGCAUGCUCUGUCUCAGCCAGCCAGGGUAUACUACGUAUAUAUAUAUAUAUCUAUGAAUUGCAGCGGACAGUGAUUUUUCCCAAGUUUUUGCUCUUUACGAUUUUUAUUUUUUUUAAUCGAAACAAAUUUAGUGGACAGAAUUAUGUUUCUCAAAAGCCAGUACAGUACAAAAAGAAAGUACAGUACAGUUUAAAAAAAAGACAAGGAUAUAUAUAUAUAUAAGCUACACAACUUUUGUAUAAAAGAUUUACCAAGCCUUAUCUCGCAGCAUUCUGUACCUCGGACAUACAGUACGUUGACGAUGUUAUUUUGUAGAGCUUAAAGCUGAUUUAGAUGUGGUGUAUAAGACUUUUCCUUCUUCUCUUGCGCUGUCUACAAUCAGAAACUAACUAAUACCUUGUAUAAAAACUCAAAGGUUUUGAGAGAGUAUAAUAGUGUAGUGGGGCAUGCUCGGUGGGAUUGCUGCACCACCUCGAGGUUUUUCACUUUAAAUGAAAUGCAAAGACGUGAGACCUGCCAAUUUAUGUAUCAAUUGGCUGAGAAAGGGCAUAGCACCAAGCUCGUAGAGUGCUAUAAAAUGCUUUUCUUAGUGUAGCAUACGGUGAAUAUUAGUAAUUUCUCCCAAAACCGAGUUCUCCUCUCCAGAGGCAACAGCCAUGUAGUGUCACCCCCUCCCCACACCACAGUUGGGGUGGUUACGGCACAAAGACAGUUGUCAGGUUUUCUUAAAUCUUUUUUCCCCACAUUGAUUUUGUGCAUGAAUAGUACCGUAAUUCGAGAUUUCCAUCAAUAGCUGUUUUUGUAAUACUGAGUUAGUAACUCCGCCCAAUCCAUUUUCAUCCAGGGAAAAUACCUACAGCACCCAUCGACUUAGUAAUUGUAAUAUUGUAAACUAUUGUGUAAACUAGUGUAUCAAAACGUUGAUAAUGCAUGAAUCCAGUGAAAGAGUGGAUACUAGGAGAAGUAUCAACAAGGUGAAUGCAUUAACAGAGAGAAUAGAGUAUUUUCUUCUAUAUCUACAUUGACAAGACUUCAGCUGAGGAAGUGAAGAUUUUAGGAGGUUUUGAUGACAGUGAUGGCCACUUGGUAGUUAACCUGAAAUGUCCAGUGAAGGGCAAGCUAGAAUCAGAAGUUAUUACAGUUUAAUAUUGUGUAUUUCAAUUCACUCAUCAAUGAUGAUCAACACAGCAAACAAAGUAUUGUUGAGCUAAUUCAGUAAUUGGCUGUACCAGUUUGCUAUUUAUACCAUUGGUAUCUGAAAUCAUAUUCCCCCUGAAUUGGCGGUUGGUAUCCACCUAACCCUUAGAACUGUGUGAAGUCUGCCUACUUACUAAAUCACGUCUAAGUCAAUGGAGAAAUGAGUGCAUCAUUGUGAGUCAUGCCCUUCCUCUGUGUGCAGUCAGGGUCAAAGCUGGUAGUUGCAGGCGAUUCCCACCUGAGCAUGCCAGAUUAUCAGGCUUUAGCUUGAGCUUAAACUUUAAAAUAUGAAUUCCAUUAGUUGAAUGGAAGAAAAAAUCCAUGACAUUGUGCCCAAUUUUAUUCUUUAUUGUUUUAUUCAAAAACGAAUGCACUAAGAGAUGAAAGAGGACUUGCAAUUACCCCCUCUCCCCCCUUUAUAGAGGACUUGUAAAUUACUCCCCUUCCCCCUCCCCUCCCCCUGUUGCAAUCAGGAUGUUUUUUAAUUAUUAUUUUAUUCUUUUUUUUUGGAACUUAAAUGUUAACGUUUUUGGUAACGUUGAAAUAUCCGUACGUAACAAAAAGAAAAAGCACACAGCAAAUGAACUGAAGAUGUUCUCUCAGGUCUCUCCCCAGAGCACUUCUUCUUAAAGUCAGCAGAGCUGAACUGAACUCGAUAAUCUAGCUGUAGGUGUUUUGAUAGUUGUUGUUAAAGCCUGCGACGAACAGGCUGUAAAAAAAAAAAAAAACCAUGUAUAUAGAAUUUCAUUAAACUAACGCAAGUGUUGUUUAUCUGUGUCACGCCCGUGUUCAGGGAUUGAGGCCAGGUUAGGUGAUCGUAACCUGUCGGAAAUUCCUUUUAGUCGAAAAAAAAAACUAGUAAGAAGAACCAGUGUCCAGACUCAGUGCCCGGUAGAAAAAUAGUGAAUCCGUGUUCGAAUCUCUCUCAUUCAUGCAUUUUCUUUGUCUGUAAGUAGUCAAGUAGUAGUGUAUGUUGCAGUGCUAACAGAUCAUUUUGACUGGUGGAAACAAAACUACCUCAUUCAUCAUGUCAUGUAAUUUGAUGGCAGUACUCUCUUUUGAGGGAGAGGGAAACAUAGCCGUUCCCAAUGGUUGAAAGGUGUAACUCGUUUGACUUGUAAGCCAAGAAAUAUAUGAAUCAAGCAGAUCAGCCAAGUGUAGAAGAUAGUUAAUUCUGUCUAAUUUCAGAUGAGUAGUGUGAAAGGACAUGCAUACUUGAAAUGUGUGUCUCGCAGAUAGCUCAGUUACGGGCAGGGGUUUUGGGGAGUCAAACAUGAUUUUUUUCCGUGGAGUUUUGACUAAAAACGAGAGGGUGUCAUUCAAGCUGUUCAGGUUUCCCAGAAUCCAUGAUAAAACCGGUUUUACCUCAUUGUAUAGCUCUGUAUAAUUCACUUGAAAUCACGCACACAUACAUACACAUGCAUACACACACACACACACACACACACACACACACACAGACACAACCAUACACAUGCACAUCUUUUCUGUUACCUCCAUCGGGGGAAAGAUUCACUCUCGUUAAGUUCAUCCUGUGUUCAUGUUCGUUCAAGAUGCAUCAGUCUGAAACAGAUAGAGGUGGACAAGCUAGAAUGAGGAAGUCAAAGUCCCGCCAUGUAUUUCUUUUGUGCAAACUUUUCACACAAGUGAUUCUCUAAUUAGUUUAUUUUGUCUCUGCCAGGUAGUCAAACUAUUGUUAACUAUUGUUAGGUUUGGUGAUGGGAUCAGCCAUGACCUACAGUAAUGGUUAAGGAGUUGGUCUUGGAAUCAGAAGGUCGAAGGAUCCAAUCCCAUACCAUACCACUCAUGGUUGAAGUGCCCUAGAGCAAGGCAUCUAAAUCUACCUUCUUCAGGGACUGUACCAAUACCCUUUACUUGAAUGACUAAAUCACUUUGGAUAAAAGCAUCCGCUAUGUGUAGAUUACUGACAAACAAAUAUAUGGCUGGGACUUUCAUUUUCCAAAUGUAAAGAUGUCCACCCCUGGGAACAGCAAAGAAUUGGUAGUGGCCAGAGUUUAAAAAAAAAAAAACCUUUCUCCACCAUGUUUAGAGUAGCAGUAUUCUCCCGAUUUUUGGCAGCAGCCCGUGACUUAUUAUAGGACAGGAAAGUUUGUAUCCACUCAACAACCAGAAGAGUUAAGGGGUCUUGGAUGUGGUGUGGUCGGCACAGGCCAAGGACAUUUUUAAAUCUGAUAUCUACCUAAGGCACACGUUGGCAGGGGAGGACAUAGAAGAGUAUUGAGACUUGAGGAAGAGAUCAAGGGUAUACUUAAAGUACUUCCUUGACUGAAAAGAAGAAGAAGCCCCUUUGGAAACUCUGUGGGUUUCUGAAGAAGAUUUGUCAUGGAGCAAUGAGAGACAUGAUCCUUCAACAGGUGGUUCAGUUAUGACCAAUGUGUUUAGGCCACAUCUUGUUGGGCAUUGCCUUGAUUGCCCUGGGGAAUAGUUAAAUUGAUGUCAAACUAUUUAACAACUAACUUGUGAAUGAAGGACACGUCAGAACAGUUAGAAAGUGACAUUUUUUCAGACAUUAGAGUUGGCAUUUUAACUUAGUCUCAUUGGCUUUCCUAAGCCGAGACCGUGGAGACUUUUUACAGUCAAAGGGACAGAAAAAACCCUUACACGUACAAUAGGAGCCACUUUAUAUGCUGUUCCAUGCACAUACCAAUGCAACUUCCAUUAGACUUUUGAGGUGUUUCAAGCUGGACCUUGCCAGGAGAAAUCCUUGUUCAGUCAAGAGAACAAAAUCAAGAGUACAAAAAUUUGUGGCUCCUACUUUAAAUUGUGCAUGACCUAUGAUUGGCUUGACUGAUUGAGAUUUUUGUUCGUAAGUAAGUCCAAGUCUAACCCGCAACGUGUGCUGGCCAGUAAUGGACCCUUUUCUUGGAGGUUUGUUCUCUUCUACCUCUGCAGUCGGUACCUUAAAGACAAAAAAAAAGUACCCUUUACAACCCCGACAGCCCUGACUAAGAGGGGCCGUAUGAUUGUAGCCGCUGUUCCUGUCGGGUUCCCCCUGGGCGGGUGGGCGUGCUUCCUCACUGACGCUAUCCAGCACAAAGGACUUGUUAGUACAGUAAACAGUAUGUGUUACAUGAUGAUGGAACUAUGCAGACAGACUGGUGGAACGUUUUGUUGAGCGGCUCCCACACAUCCAGCAAUCUCUAUACCCCUCAUGUGAUGUGGGAGACCCCUCUUCGAGUUUCCUCGCUUGUCUAUUGAAUUGGCGUGUGGACUGUUUCAAGGUCGAGAAAAAGGCCUUUUUUCGGGAAGUUGUUUGGUUUGGUUAUAUACGUGUUUGUGGCCAGUGAUGGGCCACCUGGAUUCAGGUGCUACAUAUCCAGGGCUUCAUAUUCUUAAUGACCUGGUUCUACUGUCCUAUUGAAUCAGGUGAUCUAAUCACCUCGCCUCCGUUUGGCCGCAAUAGCUGUUAAUGGGAGUUAUUUAGAGUGAUCACCUGGUUGAAUUGGACAGGUAAAACCAGGUCAUUUGGAAUAUGUGGCACUGGAUUGUGUAACUAACAAAUAAAUCCAGGCUGCCCGUCACUGUUUGUGGCCCAGGAAGAUGUUGAUGUUGACUUUGUCUACCUGGUUGUCGUCGUUGCUCCCCAGCACUUCAAAGGAACCGUAUGGGCAGUGGUUGUAAAAGAGGGUUUCUGUAUAUGUAACUUGUGUUCAAACCACUGACAUACCUCAUAAACUGCACACCACAACCUCACUUAAAAAAAAAAAUCAGUAUGUGCUUUUUACCAAAGUUUUGGCGCUUAUAGGGGCAAUGUUUAUUUUUUACAAGCGGCUCUGCUUUUGUUUUUCGUCCCUUAAUCUUCUUCUUUCAUCUGCAUCGACAGAAGUAUCACCUCUCUUUAAGUCAGGAACAAUGGAACAAAACAAAAAAAGACUUUCCUGCAGUUUCCACCAAUCAGAAUUUUCCAACUGCAUAAUAUAUCCAAAUGCAGCCUGGUGUAUAUUUGCCCCAUAGUUUUUUAUUAUAAUUAUUAUUCUUAAAAUGAACAAUGAUUACAUUGCUCUUGAGAAUUUGCUUUGUAGCACUCAGACUCUUGGUUUUAAAGAUGAUAGAACAGUAUGACAAACUGGAUAGGUUGAAUGGUUUGGUAAACUGGUAUGACGCUUUCAGUUCUACAGAGGAGGGACUGCCAAUUAGUCCUUCAGAGUUUUCUGUGCAACUGUGGCAACGAUUCAAAAAUUACAGAGCACCCCCAAACAUGAUUUCCAUGCAAACGACAUGAUAUGGUCUUAAAGAUUCCUCAUCGGCGUAUGACAUAAUGGUUGUGAUGGCUUCUUUGGGUAUUUUGUGUGCCCGAGUGUGUAUUAGGUUGGGUGCAUGGAACACAGUGGUGUUGCUGGAGAGUGCGGUACUUUUCAUACCGGUGUGGCCAGAGUGCGAGUAUUGAUGGACCAAAUUAAUUUCAACAUUACUAACUGCAUUUGCAAGUGUUCGGUCAGGCAUGUAUGAAACGGUAUAGCACUUCAUUGACAACAUAAUGAUGUUGUUUCCUCUUGGUUUGAGUAUAAACGUCAUGGACAAUCAGAUCACUUGUGGGCAGCAACUAAAGAAUAUGUGAACAACCGUCAAGACAAGCAGUUAAAAUAGACCUGCCCCAUAUCCUUGCUUCAUCUCCCACUAUCCCAAUCCAUCCUAAGUAUCUUGAGUUGGACAUGUUGCCCAAUUGCCGCUCUCAAACAUUGUAGCCUAAUUGGCCAAUGAAUGCUAAAUACAUUUUUGUCUAAACCUUAAGGCACCGUUUGUCUCCCAUUGGCUCCCAUUUUGUAUUUUACAAUGACUCAAUGUUACAAAUGCAAGUCAUGUAAUGGUUACUGCUUACCAGGAGCUAACCCAGGCCAAGUUCUGUGUUGGAGUGAGAACUUAACAACUUAAGAGUGAGACCUUACGAUACACUAGCUCUGUGAACCUACAGCCAUGUUUUUUUCUUCUUCAUGGUGCCACUUCCAGGUCUACAGUAUGCUAACUUAUAUAGAUCUGUCCUGGUAAGGGAACUGAGAACGGAAAUGGUAUGGGCUGUAAUCAUACAGCAUGCUGAAUCUUAAGGUGUGAAUCAUUUGCUGUCCACUUGCAAUCUGAUUGUCCCUUCUUGUAAUCCAAGUAACAGGCAUGGGCCUGUGUUAGCAUGUACAGUAUUGAUACUCCAAACAACCUAAACUCUUCUGUGAUGUUAGUUUGCAGGAGCACAUAUUUUUGUGUUGUCCAUAUGGAAAUAUGAGAACAUUUUGUGUUAUUUAAAUACACGUUAAAGGUGUUAAAGGGGCGAAAUUAUCCUCUUUUUUCUAUUAAAUGGAUCCGUUUGUCCCACAAGUUAAAUUCCCAUAUAUGCUACCAAGUAAUCCAAAUACCUUGGUGGAAAGGUUCUUCACUACACAGCCAUAGGCAUACUGUGUGUAAGAGAUAAACUUGACAAGGCUGGUCAACCUGGCAGCUUACGCAGUGCCGCCUAAUUUCAGCCCUUCAGUUUGAAGGAAAAGAUUAAUCUUUAGAAAACCUUUUGUUUAAAAAAUCUCUAAAUGUGGAGAUAAUUCCAAAAGAGAAACCAUCGACCUUUCUCUAUAACAUGAAAGAUAAUAUAUAAUAUAAUUGACUUUUGUCUGUUGGAAUGCCAGAAUGAUCAGUCAUGCCAUUUUUAAAUGUAUUUAUCAUUUCUGUGUUUUAGAGAUCCCCAAAUUUUUUGAAAGUGCUAUGGAAUUUUGAAAAAAUUCUUUUUAUGAUUUUGUGUGUUCUUGAAAAGAUCAAUUUCAGUGUCUGCUCAGACAAUAAAUAAAUAAAUAAAUAAAGCUGAGAAAAGUAAACAUAAUGAUUCAGAAUUAUAUGAAAGCAAUAUUUACAUGUAGUAUACUACACUAUUAAUGCUUAAAAGUAACUUUUAUGAAUUAAUUAUUGUUACGAUUUGCUACAGUUUAAUUGCAUUUUAAAUAAAUGAAUGAGCGAUGUUCAAAGCUCACAAAAAUUUGAGGAACACCGAGUUGUUUGCUAUGAGUAGUUUGCUCUUCAAAUGUAAGAACUAGAUGUUUUCUUUGUUACAUUUUAUGUACAUGUAUUCUCAGAUAUUCUACCAACUGCCUUUGGUUUUUUCGGUCAUGGAGGUAAUUGUCUGCUUUAUUAUAAUAUUUCUGCACACUAACUGAGUUUUUAUCUUUAUUAUUAACUUUUUCAUACUUCACUGUGUUUGAGAUAAUUUUUGCUUGGAUGCUCUUCAUUAAAUAGUGUGCUAUCUCUUGGAAAUGUA